GAGUCUGCACAAUAAGAUGCUGCAUGCUGGCUUAUAAAGCAGCCUGCCAUACUCUCAGACUUUCUUCUCAACAUCACUCGAGAACUAAGUACUAACAUCCAGCUUAAGUGCUUGGGAAUUCCUUGCUCAUCAUGAGUCACUCUGGUCUAAGAAGCACCUCCACAUCCUACCGCCGCACUUUUGGGGGUCCUCUCCUGUCCCCUCUUUCUUACUCCUCAUCCUCCAGGCUAUCCACCUCCAGGCACUUUGGAAGUCCUUCUCCUGGUCCCUCCAGCCGAUCAUCCUCCUCGGCCUUCAGGGUAAGGUCCAGUACUCCUGUCCGAGUCUCUCUGGACCGGGUUGACUUCUCUGUGGCUGAGGCUGUUAACCAAGAAUUCCUGACCACCCGCAGUAAUGAGAAAGCCGAACUACAGGAGCUUAAUGACCGAUUUGCUAGCUUCAUAGAGAAGGUCCGCUACCUGGAGCAGCAGAAUGCAGUGCUGGUGACUGAGAUCAACCAAGCAAGGUCCAAAGAGCCCACCCGAGCUUCAGACCUGUGCCAGCAGGAGCUGAGGGAACUGCGCAAGCAGUUGGAACUACUGGGCAAAGACAGGGACCACAUCCAGGUGGAGAGGGACAACUUUGCAGAAGACCUUGCUUUUCUGAAGCAAAGGCUAGAUGAAGAAGUUCACAAACGGGAAGAUGCAGAGAAUAAUCUAGUCCUGUUUAGAAAGGAUGUGGAUGAUGCCACACUCUCCCGCCUGGAGCUAGAGAGGAAGAUUGAGUCUUUGAUGGAUGAAAUAGAAUUUCUGAAGAAGCUUCAUGAGGAGGAACUCAAUGAUGUACAAGUCUCAGUUCAGGCACAGCCAGUACACAUGGAAAUUGAAGCUGCAAAACAGCCUGACCUGACCUCCGCACUGAGGGACAUUCGAAGUCAGUAUGAGACUAUUGCUGCUAAAAACGUACAAGAGUCGGAGGACUGGUACAAGUCCAAGUUUGCUGAUCUCUCAGAUGCUGCAAAUCGCAACAGUGAAGCUCUGCGCCAAGCCAAGCAGGACAUGAAUGAAUCGCGACGCCAGAUCCAAAGUCUGACAUGUGAGGUUGAUGGUCUGAAGGGAACAAAUGAAGCACUGCUGCGUCAGAUGAAAAAUAUGGAGGAGCAGUUUGGGAUGGAGGCAGCUAAUUACCAGGACACAAUUGGAGGACUGGAGCAGGAAGUGCAGCAUAUGAAGGAGGAGAUGUCACGUCACCUGAGAGAGUACCAAGACCUGCUCAAUGUCAAGAUGGCUUUAGAUAUUGAGAUUGCAACUUACAGAAAGCUCCUAGAAGGAGAGGAGAGCAGGAUUGCUGUCCCAAUCCACUCUCUGACAUCUCUUAGUAUUAAAAGUCCAGCAGCUCCUGAAAUCGAUCGCAGCACCGAGACACACACCAGAAAAACGGUUGUUAUUAAAACUAUUGAGACCAGGGAUGGAGAGCAGGUUGUCACUGAGUCUCGGAAAGAGCAGUCUUCAGAAGGAGAGAAGUGAUCCUGUAUGCGGUGCUCGGAGAGACCCAGUUCCAUUGCAAUACCUCUCCAUGGACGGAACCUCCUGUGCUUUUCUAAUUGAUGGAUACUGAGGGUCAUCUCCACUAACACACUCCUUUAUCUCACAGAGUGUCAUUGGCAUGGCAUUCAGUUAUCAAUUAUUUGGUGGAAACCCAACUUUCUCUGUGUGCCUGUACCCCAAAUAGAUGUAUUAUUGUUAAUUGUUUUCUAAUACAUUCUGAGGAUCUAUGGCCAAACAUGGCAUGUAUGUCUUUCCAUUAGCCAUGUACUAAACAUAGUGAUCUUUGUUAUCUACCUUCACACUGAUGGAUGUUUAUACAUAUAGCUGUGACACAAUUUACAUACUGUUGUUAGGCAUAGCUUCCUAUGGUAGAUAGCUUGGUACAAAUUGAGCCUAUAUUAAUAGAAAAUGAAUAUGCCACACAUAUUAAGUUACUUUCAGUACAUAGAAGGCUUUUAUCCACCAGUAUCAGUACCAUAUGUCUACUUUCCUUUUUUUGUUCUCUUUUCCUUCUUCAACACUUUAUAUCCAGACUUAUGGUUGGUACUGGGCUUCAGCCACUGCUCAGAACAGGAUCUGCUCAAAGAUGUGACAGCUGUGAAGCGACUUUGGUGCUAUACAUUCCCUGCCUCUGUGUAUUGGCUGGGACUCUGUCCCAUCAUGCCUUGUACAUGUGCCAUUUCUGCUUACUAGUCAAUAAAAUAAUUUACAGCAAUCAA